AUGAGCAGUGUCCGCCUCAUGCACGUCUGUCGUCUCUGGCGCGCGACGGCACUCAAAACCCCGCAACUGUGGGCAGAGGCCGCCGCAGCUCCGGGGACCAACUCACAUUCAACAAGGCCCGGAUCAAGCGCAGUGUCAACACCUGGAGAGGACCGCAUCUCGUUUGCGGCUACCGCGAUAGAACUAUCAUCUCCGGCCCCGCUGCGCCUCAAGAUUCAUUUUCUCCCUGAUGCCCUAUCCCAUACACUCUCGCCGCACACCUCCCGACUUGUCGAUUUGUUCGUCCGUCUCCAAAGCGCCGCACAAUUCAAGUCUCUGUGCGCACUUCUUGCCAACGGCGUCCCCAACCUCAACGUCCUCGGCAUCGCGUUUCCCGGAUAUACAGGGGUGUACCGAGAGUGGCUGGCGCCGGUAACUGGAAGUAACCACAAAGACGUUGACGAGCAGAUCGACCAAAAGGAACUCGCCUGGGGACACUCGAAAUGGAACUUGCCGGGUGUUCAAGGCCUGAUCGCAGACACUCCUCGUCUUCAUACGCUCCGAUGCGUUCCGAUCGAUCUCGUGGUUCACUUUGCUUGUCCCACUGUGCGCGACAUGUGCAUCACUCCCGCAGUAAACAACCGCGAUCACUUGGAGGCCUUCGUUUGCGCGUUGAGGAACACUCCGGGCCUCACGCGCCUCGACCUGUGUAUGGAGAACAGGAGUGAUCUCCGACUGAUGCCGGACGAUGGCGCCUAUAAGUGGGUGGCCCCCGUCAACCUUCCAGCGCUGCGGACGUUGGUCGUCAACAUCAACGGCAACAUGAAAACGGUAAAAUACCUGGAUCUCAUCACCCUUUCGUCUUCCGUCGGCAUACACCUCGUGGAAGACGAGCUUUCCCUUUCGCACCUCUGCCGAGACCUGCCUUCUCGCCACACCCGGCUCAUCCGAGCCCGAGUGCGGUCCGCAAGCACAGUCCACAUAUCCGACUUGUACGACCAGUGGAACGUCCCCAACAUUUUGUUUCAACAUCGAGGGACGACAAGGAGCUCAUCCGCUUCACCCUCUCUGCCCACUCGCACGGCAUGCACUAUCUGGACGCGUUGGACCUUAUCGAGGUUUCCGCGACACCGGCGCGGUCAUCACUCACCUCGUCCUCCACCAAAACUGGGCGAUCCAGACCUCUGGGAACGGGCCGUCGGAGUUCUUCCGCGCGUUCCCGCACCUCACCUCGCUCGACCUCGCCGGCCCCCGCGCGCCCGCGUCAUCAAGGCGCUCCAGCGCCCGGAUGCCGACGGGAGCCCCGACGCGCUCGUGUGCCCGCGGCUGAAGACGCUCAAGGUCGCGUUCGGGCUGAACCGCGGGGACGAAAGGUCGGCGUCGCGCGAGGCGUGGGCGGCGCUGCGGGUGCGGCCGGCGGGGUGGGGGGAGACGGUGCUCCGGGCGAUCCCGCCGCGGGUCGCAGUGCUGGUGAAGCUGCUUGGGCAUCGCGCGAAGCGUGGGCUCCGGUUGGAGCGGCUGGAGUGGGAGGAUCGGGAGUGGGAUGCGGCGUUGAGGCUGGAGUUCCCGCCGUCGGCGGUGGUAGGGAGGUACGUUCCGAGCCCUGAGCUGUUUGAUCAGGAGGAGCUCGAGAAGCUAGUGGACGGGCCGGUUGUGUUUGGGGGGUUCACGUACCGGAGAUGGUUGAGUAGUGUGUGCUAUGCCUAG